AUGGCAGAGAAGCGACGGUCCCCGUGCACGCUGAGCGUCAAAGCGCACGCGUUCUCGGUGGAGGCGCUGAUCGGCGCGGAAAAGAGACGCAAGAUGGAAGAUGGAGACCGCGUCAGCUGCUGCGAGGACGGGACGGAGGCGGCGGAGCUCGCCGGGAGCCCGGCGUCCCGGGCCGGCGGCAGAGCGUCCGCCAGCGACCGCGGCAGCGAGUUGGAGUGCGCCAGCGACGGCUCACCGGAGAGCGAGGAGGUGCUGUUAGAGAGUCCGCAGCCGGAGCCCCUGUGCUCGGCGCCGGUCAUCCCGACGUCGGUGAGCGGGUCUGGAGAGGAGAUGCGCGUCGACCUGCAGGGCUCCGACCUGUGGAAGAGGUUCCACGACAUCGGCACGGAAAUGAUCAUCACCAAGGCCGGACGACGGAUGUUCCCUGCGAUGCGCGUGAAGAUAUCGGGCCUGGACCCACAUCAGCAGUAUUACGUUGCCAUGGAUAUAAUCCCCGUGGACAACAAACGAUAUAGGUACGUGUAUCACAGCUCCAAGUGGAUGGUGGCGGGAAAUGCGGAUUCACCUGUGCCGCCACGGGUCUACAUCCACCCGGACUCCCCGGCCUCCGGAGAGACGUGGAUGCGUCAAGUGGUCAGCUUCGACAAACUCAAACUCACCAACAACGAGCUGGACGACCAGGGACAUAUUAUUCUACACUCCAUGCACAAGUAUCAGCCUCGGGUACAUGUAAUCCGCAAGGAGUGUGGAGAGGAGCUGUCCCCGGUCCGGGCGGUUCCACAGGGGGAAGGUACCAGGACCUUCUCCUUCCCCGAGACCGUUUUCACCACCGUCACCGCAUACCAGAACCAACAGAUCACAAGGUUGAAAAUAGACAGAAACCCAUUUGCCAAGGGCUUCAGAGACUCUGGCAGAAAUCGGAUGGGUUUGGAGGCUCUGGUAGAGUCGUACGCAUUUUGGCGUCCAUCUCUGCGAACACUCACAUUUGAAGACAUCCCUGGCAUGGCAAAACAAGGAGUCCCUGGAGCCCAUGGAGGUGUUGGGGCAUCAUCUCACUUGCUCUCCUCAUCUCCAUGCUCCUCCCCCUUCCAGGUCUGCCCCCUCAGCCCACCUGACUACACCUGUAGCCGUCCUACACACCCACUCCAUCGUUUCAGUAACCCCCCAGAGCCUUUCCCUCCUCCCAGAGGUCCCUCGGCCUAUGAGGGUGAUGGAUUUUGCUCUUUGCAACUCCCUGCUUCCCAGAUCGGCUAUCUACCCAACCACUCCUCGCAGGGUUAUGCUGGUCUCCGCCUUCAUACCCCCCCAUAUGGUCUCUAUGGUUACACAUUUCCUCCCUCACCACGUCUUGCUGCCAGUCCCGAAAAAAUGGCCGCUGCUACCGCUGUCAACCAUCAAAACCCUUUCCUCGGUUCCUCACCCAGCGGGACACUAACGGACAGCCUGGGUGUGCUCAGCGGAGGCCAGCAGGGCUUCCUGUUCGACUCUCGGACUUUGGGAUUGGCUGGUAGUCAGUCAGGAGGCGGGGUCUCACAGGUUACGGCUCACAUGGGCUGAACUUGACUCCUGACAUCCGGGGUUGUCACGGAAAAAUCUAGCCACAAACUGCUAAUGGUUUGGAACUUCAGAAUUGUAGAGGAUGGAGAAGGAAAAAAUGAAGUGAGCACAAGGACCUUGUCCGUGCUCCUUUAACGACGGGAAUAUUUUCACCAAGUCAUUUUUAUUUUUCAAAAAUACUCUUUGGGACUUCAAUGUCUUAGGGGUUGGGACACAGCUGCAGUGGUUAAGGGAAGAAACUGUGGCUUCAGGAAAGGAGUCCAAAUAAUGUAACCCAGGGACUGAACUGCGACAGAACAUGGAUCAGAUCCACACGAACGGAGGCCAAGUGAAAGUGGACAGACAUUGGUCUGGCCCAGACCCUCAAAGUAAGCACUUCAACCCCUGACAGAAGCCCCACCUCCCACGCAGCGUCUUUCAAGCAAUUAUACCCCACUCACUAAUCCUACACUGCCUACACAAUGUGGGGAAUGCAGACAGACUUGCUCGGCCCUAUGUUUGAGCCUUUUUUUUUCCUAAAGGAUGUACGAACCAAAAUUAUAAUUUCACUUUAACUUCUUGCCCAGAACAUACCUACUGACAUUCUCAAUUUAGUCUCAGAACACAAGGUAGAUUAGGUAGAGUCUAAAUGGUUCUAUGCACUAUGGAUUGAACUUCUUUGCCAUUCAGUUUUGACCAGACUGCCAAGGCCUUACAAAUUGAGAGGCAUAAGGACCAGGCA